AUGAAAAAGAAGAACAAAGAACUAUCUGAUAGAUUAGAUGGAGAAAAGAUCAAAUACCGUGCAUCACUUUCUGCUUCUAGUUUUAAUGACUCAGCUGCAAGCAGAGUAAGAAGAGGAAUGGCUCAAGAAAUUGAUGACUUGAAGUUUCAUUUUAAAGCAAUGAAUAGUCCAUUAGAAAAUACCAUAAAAGAAUUACAAGAAGAAAUAACGAUACUAAAUGAAAAAUUGGUUACAGAAAGACAACACAAGGAGCAGAUACAAAAUAAGAUAGAUGAAACAAAUAAGACAAUUGAAGAUAAAGUACAACCCUCUCAGGAAGUGACAGUGAAAUUAGAUGAUCUUCAGCAUGAAGCACAAUUAACUAGAAUACAGCUAUUAAAUUCAUUUAAGGAUGCCAAUUAUGAUGAUGCCAUUCGUUUCUUACCAUAUGUCAAGAACCACAAACACUUACGACAUCAAUUCACUAUUAUAGCUGCUUCGUAUCAAGUGGAAGCAAAUUUGCUUUAUAUGGCUUCAUGGAACGGCUGGUUAAGUAUCAUAAAAGAUCUCAUCACUAAAUAUAAUUGUAACUCACAAGAAGAAGAUAGUAAUGGGAAUACCUGUCUUCAUUAUGCUGCAAUGCGUAAUCAUGUUGAUGUGAUGAAGUAUCUUUUUACAGAACAUUCUGAUUUCAUGGCCAUCAAUAGGGAUGGGUGGACACCUCUUCACACUGCUGCUUUUUAUGGUCAUUCUCAAGCUGUUGAACAUUUAUUAUCAACUGGUAAGUGUGAUCCAUUAGCUAAAGACAAUCUGGGGUGGACACCAUUUAAACUAGCUAAGGAGUUUGGUUGCACAGAUACUUUAACUAUUUUGAAGAAGUUUGGUGGAAUUGAUUGCAAUAAAUAA